ACCAAUGAACAGCUUAAAAACCAUCAAAUAAAGAUUCAAGUUUCAGUUUUGUUCAGGGCUGUUACGAGUUGCAGAGCAAAAAUACCUGUUGAAAUCAUGGCGGAGAAAGAUUUUGAGUACGUUCAGAAGAUGUGCCAAAAAAAACCCUUGAAAGGAAAUCCACUGAAAGUGGAUAGAAUUGAGGAAAUAAAGAGUGUUCAAGUGAAAACAGUUUCUUCAAAUGUCAGCUCUGAGAGUCUUGAAAGCUAUUUUGGAGACAGAGAAAGAAGUUCUGGUGGAGAUAUUUCUUCAAUACGACAAGAGACCAAAGAUACUUACAUUGUAAGUUUUAAAGAGGCAUUUGUUGUGCUGGACGUUUGUAGCAGAGGUCAUAUACUGCAAAAUGUGGAGUUGGAUGUUCAGCCAUUCUGGGAACCAUCUGAAGAAAAUACCAUCUCAAGACAGCAAGUCUAUGACUAUUUAGUACCUUCCAGGUUCCAUCUGACUUUUUUAAAGACACAUAAAAUCAUAGUUAAUGACCAAUUAAAGAAAUGGGCUGAAGUUCUUUGGAGAGAUUCCAAGUUUAAUAAACUGAAAUUAAAUUAUUCUGAAGGAAAUUUUGAGGAAAUUGAACAGUCUUUGAAAGAUUUAUUAAAUUCCAUUACUGUUGAAACUAUUGAUGUUCCAACCGAUAUUUUUGAAGACAUUGUUAGAAUAUUUAACAGUCAAGUUGAUAAGAUGUAUUUUUAUUUUGAUUACCAAAACUGCCAAGCUAAUAUUUUGGGAUUUAAUAAAAGUAAUGUGAUUAAAAUGAAAAACAGACUUUUGGAUCAUUUUAGAAGGAUAUGUGAGUAUGAUUUAAAUAUUCAUGAAAGACGUAUUCUAUCUGGUCACAGAUUUUUUGAGCAGGCACAAAGACAAUCUGAAGAUCUACAAGUUAGAAUUCAUGGUGACAAAGUUAUUUUUGAAGGCCAGUCUUCUGAAAUAACUAAUUGUCAAAAGGAUAUGAAUAAAAUACUCCAGGCAGUUGUAAAAUCUAAACUGUGUUUACCUUUAAAUGCUGGAAUGAUCAUAAAUAAAAAACCAGUGAAAGAAUAUCUUGAUGAAAAACUGAGAGGCAAGAAAUGUAUUGGUUCCUGGGAACCAGGUAAUGGUGAUUCAGUAUUACUUUAUGCAAGUGAUAAAAGACAUCUUUCAGAUUUGGAAAAAGUUAUGAAACAAAGUUUUGUUGCCAAUACAUUGGAUUUUGUAGACAAAAUUAAGGGUACUCCAAAUCAUGGAAAGUGGUUGACAUUUGUUGAAAGUCUAAAAAAAGAGUUUCCAAAUUCCCAUUUUAUUGGAGAAGAUUCUAUUGUUGCUGUUGAUGCAAUAAUUAAUGAUAUAAAAAGCAAAAUUGAUAACUUUGAGCAAUCGUUAACUUAUGAAUCUUAUAUAUCGAUGCCUCUUGAACAUUUCCUCUUUCUUAAAGAGUUCAAAGAACAGGAAAUCAAUGACUUUGGUGAGAAAAAUAAAAUGAAGAAUGUGUGUCUCAAAGAUAAUAAGUUACACGUGGAAGGAACACAAAAAAAAAUUAGGAAAAUGGAAACAUUUAUAGGAAAUCUAAGAAAAGAUAUCAGCUCAAAAGAAGUAAACUUUGAAAUGUUUGGAUUUCAAGAAUUUCUGGAAAGUGAAGCAGGAAAGAAUUUCUUAUGUGAAAUGCAGAAUGAAUCUGAGAGUAUAAUAUCAUUAAAUUCAGAUUUAGGAAGUGAAACAGAAGAAAUACUUAAUUUUAAGUAUAAAAACUGUGAAAUAGUGUUGAGGGAAGGUGACAUCACAACUCUGGACACAGAUGCUAUUGUUAAUGCUGCAAAUGGCAGACUGGAACACAUGAGAGCAGCCAUUGUGCAGAAAGGUGGGAUUGGAAUUCAAGCUGAAUCCAAUGAAAUUAUGAAACAAAGAAGGAUUGAACUGAAACCUGGAGAAGUAGUGUCAACUAAAGCUGGUAAACUCAAAUGCAAGACUAUCAUUCAUGUUGUUGGACCUGUUUGGAAUAAUGGACGGAACCAUGAAAUAUUUCACCUUUCAAGAGCUGUUCAAAAUUGUUUGGCAUUUCUUGAAGAAAAGUCUUACACGUCAAUUGCAAUUCCUGCUAUCAGUACAGGUAUUUUUGGUAUACCCAUAGAAGAAGGAACCAAAUGUACAGUAAUGGCGAUAAAGUAUCAUCUUGAUAUUCACUCAAAUUCUAAAAUAAAACAUAUUUGUUUGAUUGAUGUACGGAAGGAAGUAAUCAGAGCUUUUAAGCAUCAUCUAGAAAAGGUGUUUGGAAUCAGUGAACGCAGAGAUGAUGAAUUUGAAGAAAUAGAAGAUAAUGUCUCUGGUGGUCAACAAGAUGUUGGUUUCACAUUGAAAUUCUUUACUAAAUACAAAAAUCUUGACAAUGCUAUAGAAACUGUUAAAGAAGUGUACCAUUCUCUAUUAACAACUGAGAAAAUACCAUUUGAUAUGGAUUUAACAGAAUCUCGAAAGCUGAGUUUAAGGAAUAUUAGUAGGACAUAUAAAAUCCAGAUUUCUAUCAGAGACACAAUUACAAUUUUUGGCAGACGCUGUCAUGUAAAAGAUGCUAAACUCUCUGUUCGAUCAUUAUUAAUGGAAUUUAAAAAAAGUGACGAAGAAACUCUUAUUAAGGAAAUGGUACAAUGGUCUUACUUUGAUGAAAAUAAUCCAUCAUACCUACAAAUGUUUAGUGACAAAGAAAAUGCCAAGCUUGAGAAAGCAUACUCACAGAAAAAACAAUUCCUUAAUUGGAAGAAAAUAAAAUAUGAUUUUCAGAAAAUGAGUUUUCAACAUGAAGGGAGGAAAUUUCAAAUGAAGAGAAAACAAAACCUAAAGGAUGAAUUGAUCCCUGAUACAUGGUCACCAAUGGGAGACGAGGAAUUAAUGAAAAUUGUUCCAGUCACAAAUGGACCAGAAUAUGAUGACAUCCAGGCCACUUUCCGUCGGAAUUCUCCUUCAUCUCGUAUAAUCAGUAUUGAGAGAAUUCAAAAUAAACCAUUAUACCAGAGAUACCAAGCAUUGAAAAAACAAUUUGAGGCAGAAAAUCCAAAGGUUAAAAUUGAAGUUGAUGGCCUUUGGCAUGGUACUGCUGCAGAAUCUGUUAAAAGAAUAAAUAAAUAUGGAUUCAACUAUAGAUAUUGUCAUAAAAAUGGUAAGUAUAUAUUCUCGAAGUGGCAACAGUAGUGUCCUCCACCCACCCUCCAUAUUGGCCUGAGUUGGACAGACUGUCACUGUCCACAUUGGUCCUUUCUCACACAGAGAGGACAGAGGACGUAAUGUUGCUUACACAUUCCAUGUUUGGCAUCAUUUCUACUGCCAGGUACCCUUCCUAACAUCUUCUACUCUAGAGUAAACCAGGUGUAUUUUAUUAUUGUGGAAUCAACACUUUCAUUUGUUUUCCUUGCUGGAUUGGGAGGAAGGGUCUGUCCCCAUCCAUUAAUGUUCCUCUUGAACCUUUGUAAAUGAAAAUAUUGCAAGAAAGAUAUUAGAAGGGGUGGAAUUCCGGAGGGAUAAUGCUAUGGGGAAGAAGGACUAGAUAUAAUGGAGGGUCUGCGGGACUGGACACAAGUAUCAACAAGGGAACACCAGGCCUAGCAAUCACCAUUCUGAGUUUGUCAAUUAUAGAUAUGCAGAGAUAAUCGAUACAGUGUUAUUAAGUCUCAUUGAAAUAUUCAAUGUCUGCUACGGCCUAGAAAUUGGUUAAGGGACAUUUAAUAACUGAACAGACAUUUGUUAAACCAGCAGUGGUACCACCACAGAGUUGACUCCAUUUAGAUAUCUCAAAUGAUCCUCUCUCACUAACUCUUUUAUCCUCUUUUUGGAAUUAGAUUUUGAUGUGAAUGGUGAAUAUGGAUAUGGGGUGAGUAGAAGAGUGGUGUUCCACAAAAUGCCAUCCAAACAAGUUCAAUGGUAAAUAUUGGCAAGGGACAGGCUUUUAAUAUAUCUCUUCUGACAAA